AUGGAAUUUAUAGAAGGCAACUACACUUUGGUGACUGGGUUUAUUCUAUUAGGGUUUCCUACUCGCCCUGAACUGCAGAUUGUCCUGUUCCUCGUUUUUCUAACAUUGUACGGUAUGAUUUUAAUGGGGAACAUUGGAUUGAUGACGUUAAUCAGGAUUGAUCCACACCUUCAAACCCCCAUGUAUUUCUUCCUUAGCAACCUCUCCUUUGUAGACCUUUGUUACUCCUCAGUCAUUGUUCCCAAAAUGCUGGUUAAUUUUCUCUCAGAGAAUAAAUCUAUUUCUUAUCAUGGCUGUGCCCUGCAGUUUUAUUUUUUCUGUACUUUUGCAGAUACAGAAUCCUUUAUCUUGGCUGCCAUGGCAUAUGACCGCUAUGUCGCCAUCUGUAACCCUUUACUGUAUACAGUUGUGAUGUCUCGGGGCAUCUGCAUAUGGUUGAUUGUCUUGUCAUACAUUGGAGGCAACAUGAGUUCCCUGAUUCACACAUCCUUUGCGUUUAUUCUGAAAUACUGUGAUAAAAAUGUCAUUAAUCAUUUUUUCUGUGACCUACCUCCCCUGCUUAAGCUGUCCUGCACAGACACAACAAUUAAUGAGUGGCUUCUCUCUACAUACGGCAGCUCAGUGGAAAUUACCUGUUUCAUUAUCAUCAUCAUUUCGUAUGUUUUCAUUCUUCUCUCAGUCUUAAAGAUCCGCUCUUCCAGCGGAAGGAAGAAAACCUUCUCUACCUGUGCCUCUCACCUGACCUCUGUGGCGAUCUAUCAGGGGACUCUUCUCUUCAUUUAUUCGCGUCCCAGCUAUCUGUAUUCUCCCAACACUGAUAAAAUCAUCUCAGUGUUCUACACCAUUAUCAUCCCAGUGCUGAACCCACUUAUUUAUAGCUUGAGAAAUAAAGAUGUAAAAGAUGCCGCUAAGAAAGCUGUGAGAUCAAAGGCAGAUUCCUCAUGA